AUGAAGAUUACCUCCCCGCUCAUAACUCAUGCGAGAUUCAGGUGCUGUGUCAGGCUUCUGCUGCUGCCUCUCUUAUGUGUGGGAUAUUCUCGAGGAAUGCCGCACGUUUUGAGAUUCGGGGGAAUAUUUGAAUCCAUCGAAACUGGUCCAUCAGGUGCUGAGGAACUAGCCUUUAAGUUUGCUUUAAAUACAAUCAACAGAAACAGAACUCUACUGCCAAACACUACACUCACAUAUGACAUCCAAAGGAUAAACAUCCAUGACAGCUUUGAGGCCUCCAGAAAAGCCUGUGACCAACUCUCUCUGGGAGUAGCGGCCAUUUUCGGCCCCUCUCACAGCUCUUCGGCCAAUGCAGUUCAGUCCAUCUGCAAUGCACUGGGGGUGCCACACAUUCAAACCAAAUGGAAGCACCAAGUUUCAGACAACCGUGACUCAUUCUACGUCAGCCUCUACCCGGACUUCUCCUCACUCAGCAGAGCCAUUCUGGACCUGGUGCACUUCUUCAAAUGGAGGAUGGUUACUGUAGUGUACGACGACAGCACAGGUCUGAUUCGGUUACAGGAGCUCAUUAAGGCGCCCUCUCGUUACAAUAUCCGAUUAAAAAUCCGACAGCUGCCCGCGGAGACAAAAGAUGCCAAGCCGCUUCUUAAGGAGAUGAAGAGAGGAAAAGAGUUCCAUGUGAUCUUUGACUGUGGCCAUGAGAUGGCUGCUGGCAUUCUCAAACAGGCUUUAGCCAUGGGAAUGAUGACAGAGUAUUACCACUACAUUUUUACCACACUGGACCUCUUUGCACUGGAUGUGGAGCCAUACCGCUACAGCGGGGUAAAUAUGUCAGGAUUCCGCAUCCUAAACACAGAGAAUAGCCAGGUGUCGUCCAUCAUUGAAAAGUGGUCCAUGGAACGCCUGCAAGCACCCCCCAAACCUGACUCUGGCUUAUUAGAUGGAUUUAUGACGACGGACGCUGCUCUGAUGUACGAUGCAGUGCAUGUGGUGGCUGUGGCUGUUCAGCAGUCUCCUCAGAUCACGGUCAGCUCACUCCAGUGCAACCGCCACAAACCCUGGCGCUUCGGCAACCGUUUCAUGACACUCAUCAAAGAGGCCCAUUGGGACGGCUUGACCGGACGGAUAAAUUUCAACAAAACCAACGGCCUGAGGACAGAUUUCGAUCUGGAUGUGAUCAGCUUGAAGGAGGAAGGACUGGAGAAGAUUGGCACGUGGGAUCCUGUAAGUGGUCUAAACAUGACCGAACACCAGAAGGGCAAGAUGGCGAACGUCUCAGACUCUCUCACCAACAGAACACUCUACGUAUCUACAAUACUGGAGGAGCCUUACGUGAUGUUCAAGAAGUCAGACAAGCCUCUGCACGGUAACGAUCGCUUCGAGGGCUACUGCAUCGACCUGCUGCGUGAGCUGGCCAACAUCCUGGGCUUUGUCUAUGAGGUGCGACUGGUGGAAGACGGCAAGUAUGGUGCACAGGAGGAAAGCACGGGCCAGUGGAAUGGCCUGGUCCGAGAACUGAUGGACCACAAAGCUGAUCUUGCAGUGGCUCCGCUGGCCAUCACCUACGUGCGAGAGAAGGUCAUCGACUUCUCCAAGCCCUUCAUGACGCUGGGGAUAAGUAUUCUGUACCGCAAGCCCAAUGGCACCAACCCGGGGGUGUUCUCCUUCCUCAACCCUCUCUCCCCCGACAUCUGGAUGUAUAUUCUGCUGGCUUACUUGGGUGUCAGUUGUGUGCUGUUUGUCAUAGCCAGGUUUAGCCCCUACGAAUGGUAUAACCCCCACCCGUGCAACCCCGACUCGGACGUUGUGGAAAACAAUUUCACCCUGCUAAAUAGUUUCUGGUUCGGAGUUGGAGCUCUCAUGCAGCAAGGAUCUGAGCUCAUGCCCAAAGCCCUUUCCACCAGGAUAGUAGGAGGCAUCUGGUGGUUCUUCACUCUCAUCAUCAUCUCCUCCUACACGGCCAACCUGGCUGCUUUCCUCACUGUGGAAAGAAUGGAAUCUCCCAUUGAUUCAGCCGAUGACCUAGCCAAGCAGACCAAGAUUGAGUAUGGCGUGGUGGAAGAUGGCUCCACAAUGACCUUUUUCAAAAAAACAAAGAUCUCCACAUACGACAAGAUGUGGGAGUUCAUGAGCAGUCGCCGGCAUUCAGUCAUGGUGAAAAGUGUGGAGGAGGGGAUUCAGCGGGUGCUCACCUCAGAUUAUGCCUUCCUCAUGGAGUCCACCACGAUCGAGUACGUCACACAACGCAACUGCAACCUCACCCAGAUUGGAGGCCUCAUUGACUCCAAGGCAUACGGAGUUGGCACUCCUAUGGGCUCUCCAUACCGAGAUAAGAUCACCAUAGCGAUCCUGCAGCUGCAGGAGGAGGGGAAGCUGCACAUGAUGAAGGAGAAGUGGUGGAGAGGGAAUGGCUGCCCAGAAGAAGAGAGUAAAGAGGCCAGCGCCCUGGGUGUGCAGAACAUCGGAGGAAUCUUCAUCGUUCUGGCCGCCGGACUUGUCCUCUCUGUCUUUGUAGCAGUGGGGGAGUUUCUCUAUAAGUCCAAACAAAACGCACAACUUGAAAAGACAUUGCCAGCUGGAGAGCAAGCAGCUCUCCUUGAUGUAUGUCUCUGAAGACAGAGGGGCUUUGGUUCAUUUGCUCUGAUGGCCGCCAUGGUUUUCAGCAUGUCUCACCUCUACAGCCCUGUCUCACGCUCCCCUUUCCACCUCAUUCAUUCUCCCUCAGUCUUCCUGAGUGAAUGAUAUAAGUGGAGAUACAGAGAUUUGUGCUGUUUGUUGAGCGAUUUAGAAUACAAUCAGCAACAGCAGUGUGAAUGCUUAUUGUUCACGCAAUAAAUGCUCAUGCACAAUGUUUCCAUGCACUUCAUUUUUAAUUUCAGUGCUGUCUGCAGUAGCUCUCCUUUUAGUUUUAUUAUUUAAGCAUUUUCCAACUUUGUUCAAGGGAAAUAUA